AUUAAAGGGAAAAUAUACAGAGGAAGAUUUACUAAAAAUUUGCUUUUGUUAUCACAAAGGAGAGAAGGAACACGGAGCAAGUAAUCCCUCUCUUCCGCUAUGUGGCACAUCUCUGCAGAGCCAAUUAUACAAACAUAGUUCUCGGAACCAUCGAAAGUACAAACAAUGGGAUGUAACAAGAAUAAGUGCAGCCCCGAGGUAGCAUUCUCCUAUGGGAAGUCGCGCACUUCAUCUGGAGAGGAUUUACCCUGACAAUGUGCCCUCCCUUCUUUUGUAUGGGAACGGAAUUAAAAGACCAUUUGUCACAUCUGGUUGUACACCCCUGUCGGGAUAAGUUGCGCUCUGACACCUCCGCUUAUUCAGCCCUCCUGUCACUAAACGGACGUGUUGACAGUUCUCCGCUUGUCUCCCCGGGCUAACUGCACUGCUCUUUCAAAUUUUUGUGUUAAGAGGUGGCACAUUGUAAGCUGUGCACAUUACCUUUCCCUAUUUUCUCCUGGUGGCGCCGCUUUCCGAUUGGUCUUAGCUUUCCGUCACGUGAUGGAGGAGGGUUGGAUGUCAGUCGCACACGGCCAGUCCCUCGACAGUUAAAGAGUUGCUAAUGCACUGCACUACACGGAUAUAACUUGGCUGGCUAUAAAAUCUAAUUCCCUACUUUUCCCACUUUCCUGUUUCCUUUGUUUGUUUCACUUUUGUGCUGUCUCGUGAGUAAUCAAUAAAGCGCUAUUGGCUUCCCGCCGGCUGACACGAUGGCCUCGAGUCAUCUCCUCUUUUUGCUGGCGGGAUGGACAUUCUUCGAUGGCGUAUUUUCGUCGUCUUCCUACAUCUCCGAGUGGACGUCAGCCGGAACAAGAAUGAACAAACCGACAUGUGUCGAUAUUCCCGAAAAUUUGACGCUGUGUCACGGCAUAGGCUAUACCCAGAUGAGGCUGCCGAAUCUCUUGGAUCACGAUAGUAUGUCUGAAGUGUCUCAGCAGGCUAUUUCCUGGGUUCCUCUCUUUAAUUUGAAAUGCCAUCCCGAUACCCAACUCUUCCUAUGUUCCCUUUUCUCUCCAGUUUGCCUAGAUAGGCCUAUAUAUCCAUGCCGAUCAUUAUGUGAAGCUGUCAAACGUGGUUGCGAAGGUAGGAUGAGCACGUACGGUUUUCCCUGGCCCGACAUGGUUCGAUGUGAUAAGUUUCCGUACGACAAUGACAUGUGCAUCACAAUCCAAUCGCAAGAUAGUGGAGGUAAGUACUUUUCCAUUCCUCUUAACAUUUUAAUCGGUGAUUUUUCCAUUAAGAAUAGGAAGAAAGUUAAACUGUUUAAACUUUUAUUUUUGUUUUUAGUUAUCAAGACAAAAAUCAAGAAAGUGCAGAAAGCCAAACUAAGCUGUAAGAAGGCGCGUAUUUUGAAGCUUCGCGAUGGAAAUCUAAAGAAGGAUUUACGUCGCCCCACCCUGAAAUAUGCCAACGUUACCGAAUGCUGCAGCUCCCUUUCCAAGGGUGGAAAUAAGAAAAACAGAGUUCUCAUCAUGGGUAACAAUAAAAACGGAGAAGGAUUAGUGCCAACAUUUAUCAUGGAGUGGCGCAAGAGUCAAGCCUUCAAAUCAGCCAUUCGCAUGAUGAAGAAGAUCGACUGCAAUGAUCCUAAAAUAAUAUCCGAAACUAUGUUGGCCGAUGGGAUACUGUCUUCUGAUAGAAAGAGAAGAAAUGGGGGUCACUUACGAAGGCGCAAAAAACACCAAAGGAACAAACAUGAACACAAGGGCAAUAUCGAAAAUAAGCCAACUACCCUAGCGGCUUACAUUUUAAUCGGUGAUUUUUCCAUUAAGAAUAGGAAGAAAGUUAAACUGUUUAAACUUUUAUUUUUGUUUUUAGUUAUCAAGACAAAAAUCAAGAAAGUGCAGAAAGCCAAACUAAGCUGUAAGAAGGCGCGUAUUUUGAAGCUUCGCGAUGGAAAUCUAAAGAAGGAUUUACGUCGCCCCACCCUGAAAUAUGCCAACGUUACCGAAUGCUGCAGCUCCCUUUCCAAGGGUGGAAAUAAGAAAAACAGAGUUCUCAUCAUGGGUAACAAUAAAAACGGAGAAGGAUUAGUGCCAACAUUUAUCAUGGAGUGGCGCAAGAGUCAAGCCUUCAAAUCAGCCAUUCGCAUGAUGAAGAAGAUCGACUGCAAUGAUCCUAAAAUAAUAUCCGAAACUAUGUUGGCCGAUGGGAUACUGUCUUCUGAUAGAAAGAGAAGAAAUGGGGGUCACUUACGAAGGCGCAAAAAACACCAAAGGAACAAACAUGAACACAAGGGCAAUAUCGAAAAUAAGCCAACUACCCUAGCGGCUUAAAUGUCGAUUUUUCGUACAAUGGUUCCUGUAUCUGCGAAAUAGUCCGGAUGUUAGUUGUGCUGUACAGUCUCGUGUUUUUGUAUUGUUCCGUAUUGCUUUAUAGUCAUAAAUUUCUCUGCCAGUUGCCAAUAGAGUGACAUUUUUGUUUUUGUUUUGCAUUUUUCUCAUGUAUCACCUCGCUUACAAUAAGAUCGCGUUAAGUUUUUGGGUAGAUAUUAAAAAAUUCUUUUGAAAUAAAUAUUGACGAAUUUUAAUUAUUCAUUUUAACAGCACAAAAAAUCAGAUCUCAAUAUUAGCUUAAAAGAAUUUAGAGUUAUUUUACUUGUAAUGAUCAGUCAGUAGAAUUUAAAUCGUAUUUAGUUCUUAAUAUUAAAGAGAGGAAAAAAAUUCCAUUAUCAUAAAUUAUCGUGUUAGAUUGCAUUGUAUUCUUGAUGAGAAUUAAGAUUAUCUGUAAGAUAUGAUAAAUAUUUAAGGAUAUUCUUCGUUCGACUUGAUUUGCAUACGUGAAUAUGUGAAAGGUCGGUUGUAUUCUGUUUUGAUAUGAUGGAUAUUAUUAAAGUAUGUAAAAAUUUUCGCUUAUCUCGUUCCAUACAAGUGGAGGAAAAUUCUAGUGAAAUUGCUUUUAAUUAAAUCUAUGUAUUGCACUCGCACAGAUGUUCGUAUUCGUUUUGAUUAGAUGCCGAAGAUAGUUUCUGUCAGAAAGCUUCUUGGCAUUUGAUGUGUGUCUGAAUAUUUUAUAGAGAAAGAACUAAAUUGAAAAAAAUGUUUUAUUAAUCGCAUCCGUUAUACGUAUCCAUAUUUAAACAAAUUUUUCAUCUUCGCCUAUCGGUUUGUCUUAUGUGUGUCGUAUAAAAAUAUAUUUAAGCGUUUCUGCGUAUUGUACAUAAUGUAACUAGUGUCUGAAAAAUUUUUAACGACUUCAGUUAAGUAAGCAGUAAUUUUUUUUUUCAUUUAUGCUGUUGUAACGUCAAUUCGAAUGUAUCUAAAAA